CUGGCACAAAAUACGCAGACCCCUAUGGAUGAAUCUGUGGAGCAAUCACAACAUUCUCAGAUCAAUUCAAAAAGUAAAAAGAAAACAGUUUCUCUUCCAUCAUAUGUCUCUCAUCCAGUACUUCUACCAUCAGCGUCUAGUGGAACCAUAGAUGAUAAUCGAUUGUCCCAGACACAGUCUGGUGAAGGCAGAGGUACCUGGAAGCCAGUGGAGUGGAUGGAAGUCCCAGAGGUAUGGGACAACUGUACCUCUGGACUGGAGUACCUCAGUCAGGUUGAUCAAGUUCUUCUGCAUCAGCAAAGAGAGCUAAUAGAAGCUUUUGACAGCAUGUCUUGUACAAGAAAAUUUCAGCUUAAAAACUCAAUGGGGAAGAUGAUGUACUUUGCAACUCAGACAAACAUCUACCAAAGUGCGAAUUUCCGUGGCUACCAGCAAGGUUUUGAGAUGAAUAUUUAUGACCACAGCAAGAGAGAAGUCAUCCACCUGAUCCAGCCCUUCAUUUGUUCUUUGAUAUUUUGCUCAUGGAAUAUACAACAGAUGGAAGUGCAGGCACCUGUUGGGGUUGUGGCUGGCUAUGUCAAGGAGACGCACCAUCCUACCACAUACCGGUUCACUAUUCAUGAUUCUGCAGGAGAGACAGCACUGUUCAUUAAAGGUCAAUGCCAAGGACUCUGCUUUAGAAGAAAUGCCAAUUUUGAUAUUUUUGACAGAACCUGGAAGUCAAAGAUUGGAACCAUCUCAACACAGUACUUUCUGGACAACUUUGGAGACACACUAUCAAUACAGUUUCCAAAAGAUCUGGAUGUAAAGCUGAAGGCUGUCAUUUUGGGAGCAAGCAUUCUGAUCGAGAAUAAGUUCUGACAAGGUGCCAGUGACAAUAAAAGGUGUUUAAGUGCUUUGAUUUGCUUUGUGUUCAUUAUUCAUGUACUUCAUUAAGCUUUCAUGAAUGACACAAGGGACGCAUAUAACGCAAGGGACCAGAAAAGGAUCAAGUAAACAAGAGAAAUCUCCACGGACGACACCACACAUUAGCCUCUGUCUAAUAAUGGCCUCUUGCCCCUGUCAAACACAAUGAAAACAGA